AAGAUAGAGCGGAGUGUAUCUUAUCUCUCUGCAGGAGUGAGGAGCUGUAAACCUCUAGACCCAGAAGAACAAAGAUUGGAGCUUCAAGGGUGGUAAUUAAUAUAUAAUAUAUUGUUUGAUAUAGAUUACAUAUUUUUAUAUAUAUAUAUAUAUCAACCAUUCAAUCAAAUCCCAUACAAACAAGGAAGCUUGCUAGACUCAGGUUUUUCCCUUAUGUUAUCAUAAAGUUUGGUUCUUGAAAUUUAAUGACCGACCCUUCUUCUAUAUCCACAUAUCUGUAUGUAUAUAUUCAUGGAAGGCUCUAUAAGUAGUUGAAGGUUCUUAAAGAUUUCAUUUUGUUUUGAUUUUUACGGUUGGAAUUGAAUUAUUACAAGAAAGAAAUGCAGUCAAUAAUGUUACAUACAUUUUCUCCACCCCCCUUGUCUUUGAAUUGUUUGUUUUCCGGUUAUUCGGCUUCAAGUACUAUUAGUAGACCUCGCUUCAUUAAUUUAAGGUUUGAUUUUUGCGGUAGGAAACUUGACUUAGGAUUUCGAAAGAAUUCUAGUGCUGUUAAUGUAGGAACAAAAGAUAUUAGUUAUGUUAGGAAUGUUCGAGAGGAUGAUGAAAAUGAAGAAGAUGAUGAUGAUUCUGAUAUGGAUUGGGAAGCCGAAUUUAUUGGUGAUCUUGACCCGUUGGGGUUUUUGCCCCCUAAGAAAAGAAAAGAGCAGAAAGAAUCGAAAUUGCUUCAGGAUACGGAAAAUAUGGAUUGGUGUGUGAGGGCGAGGAAGGUUGCGGUUAAGUCUAUUGAAGCUAGAGGAUUGACACGUAAAUUGGAAAACAUUGUUAAUCGGAGGAUGAACAAGAAAAAGAAGAAAAAACCAGUUCUCAACAAGAAGAAGGGAGAUAAGGUGCUUAAGGUAGACAUUGAUGAUUCUGAUGUUGAGUCCGAGUUGGAGGAGGAUGAUAUUGGACUGGUUAAUUUGAAUACACUUCAAGAUGCUAAUGAACUUAAAAAUGCUGUGAGUAUGCUGGCUGGUGGGAUGUUUGCAGAGAAGAGAGAGAAGACAAUGGAGACUUUCGUUCAAAGGCUUUCUCAGUUUUCAGGGCCUUCUGAUCGCAGGAAAGAAAUUAAUUUAAAUAGAGAUAUAGUGGAAGCACAGACUGCGCAAGAAGUAUUAGAGGUUACUUCUGAGAUGAUCAUAGCUGUAGGGAAAGGAUUGAGUCCUUCACCUCUCUCUCCAUUGAACAUUGCAACUGCACUUCACCGAAUUGCAAAGAACAUGGAGAAAGUAUCAAUGAUGAGGACACAUAGAUUGGCGUUUGCCCGUCAAAGAGAGAUGUCUAUGCUUGUGGGCACUGCAAUGAUGGCCCUGCCUGACUGCUCGCCUCAAGGUGUUUCAAAUAUUGCAUGGGCAUUGUCUAAGAUUGGAGGUGAGCUUCUUUAUUUGUCAGAGAUGGACAGAGUAGCUGAGGUCGCGUUGACCAAAGUUGGUGAGUUUAAUUCACAGAAUGUUGCAAAUAUAGCAGGUGCUUUUGCUUCGAUGCAGCAUUCUGCUCCGGAGCUCUUUGUGGUGUUGUCAAAAAGAGCUUCAAGCAUAAUUCACACUUUCCAAGCACAAGAAAUUGCACAACUUUUGUGGGCUUUUGCUUCUCUGGAUGAACCUGUGGAUGCUGUGCUAGAAUCAUUGGAUAAUGUUUUUAAAGAUCUGGACCAAUUUAAAUGCUGCCCAGCUGAAGAAAAAGUUAACUACAUUGAAGCAAGAAGUAUAGAAACCAAUCUUGAUGACGUUGUAGAUUAUCCUGUUCUCACCUUCAACAGAGAUCAGCUCGGGAACAUUUCUUGGUCUUACGCUGUUUUUGGGCAAAUGGAACGCAGUUUCUUUUCUCAUGUGUGGAAAACGUUAAGUCACUUUGAGGAGCAACAGAUUUCAGAGCAGUAUAGGGAGGAUAUCAUGUUUGCUUCCCAGGCAUAUCUUGUUAACCAAUGCCUGAAGGUUGAAUACCCACAACUUCGGCUGGCUCUCAGGAGUGAUCUUGAAGAGAAAAUCGUCCGUGCCGGAAGAACUAAGAGAUUUAAUCAGAAAAUGACCUCCUCAUUCCAGAAGGAGGUAGGUCGCCUUCUGGUAAGCACCGGAAUUGAUUGGACCAAAGAGUACGUUGUCGAUGGGUACAGCUUGGAUGCAGUCUCAGUUGAUCAAAAUGUUGUUCUUGAAAUUGAUGGGCCAACACAUUUCUCCAGAAAUACUGGGGUCCCUUUGGGGCAUACUGUGCUAAAGCGCCGUUAUAUUACUGCUGCUGGUUGGAAGCUAGUAUCAGUGUCUCACAACGAGUGGGAGGAACUCCAUGGGGAAUUUGAGCAGCUAGACUACCUCAGAAAAAUUCUUGAAGAUCAUAUUGGUGGAGGCAGCGACAGUGAUACACAAUGACAAGUCACAAGUUAGUCUAAAGAAAUCCGGAUGCUACCUUUUUCAUUUGUAGUUUACAAGAAGAUAUGGAGACGUCAGCUUAAACUUCUCUUAUGACUGUUGUACAACCCAAAAUGGUGAGAAAAAUACAAUAGUGGUUCAUAAUCUUAUGAUAUUGAUAUCUAUAUGGGUUUGAUAUCUAUUAUAGUACAUUUUGAUGUGGCAGAAUGGUCAAAGUGUGCUGUGGUUGAUCCGUGGGGAUGGGCGUGGUGCGCCCUUUUUAUUAGUAAUGAACAUUGAAAUUCUGAUAUGAAUUUCAGUAACUAAGGUGGGCUGCACAAGAAUUUUCAACAUGAUGUUGUGGGUUCAAAUAUGAGAAAGCACUCAUUCUCAAUUCUUAGCUGCGUAGCUGAUUGUGUAAGUUUACUAUGAUGGUAAAAUUUUCACAUUGCCACCUAUAUAAAAAAAAUAUUAUCCUCCUUGAGACA